AUGCUUAUUAUUCAAGACAAAUAUAUUUUUUACUCUACAGCUGAUUCUAAAUCCAAAGAAUUUCAAAAUCAUAACGAACAGAAUAGUUAUCUCAGUUUUGAUUUUAAAUUAAAUGUCGUAAAAACUUCUUCAUACGUAAAAAAGCAAAUAAAGAAAACUAUUCCUAAUAAACAGAUUACAACUAUAAAGAAAGAAUUAUAUGCAAUAGCUAAAAACGUCAAAGCAUCACACAAUUCUUGUAUAAAAGUUAUUGAUUACGUUGAUUUCGUGAAUAACGAAAUUCCUUUUGAAGCUACGGCAGAAAUAACAGCCAUAGGCUAUCGAUACAAAAAAGAUGGUACAAUAAUUAAGAAUGCUAAAGUUGAUGAAGAUGCUGUAAAUUUAUUUUUGAAGUUCCAAGCUAAAGUACAAGGCAUAUUUUGUGGUUCAUAUGUCCUAAGGACUUAUAGAAAAUUAGAUGACAUGAUUCUUGAAAGUAGUGUCGCGAUCCUUAAUCCGAUAAAUUCGGAUGGACAUCCAUCCGGGUUGAUCCUAAGUACUUAG